AUGUAUCGCGACGUCUGGCCCCUCGCGACCAUGACCGUAUCCCCUGCGGACCUAGCAGAAGGGAAACUCCUGUGGGCGAAGAUAGCCUUGAUCUCCCUCGCGGGGGUCGUUAUCCCACUCCUCACGCCUAGGCAGUACAACCCCGCCCAGUCCAAGCACGAGUCACAAGUGGAACUUGCGCCUGAGCAGACAGCGUCUAUACUGUCGCUGCUCGUGUUCGGGUAUCUAGAGCCCAUAGUCUGGAAGGCGUGGCGCGCUUCGCGUCUUACCUACGAGGCGCUUCCGCCGUUGCCCGACUACGACUACCUGACGAACCUCAGACGUCAAAGCUUUCCCCAUUUGGACCCGUUGCAGAGCAAGUCGCGCCGGCACAUCGGGUUUGGCUUGAUUCGAGUGUUCUGGGCUCAGCUGGCCAAUCUGGCCAUCCUAGACAUCCUUCUGGUACUCGCGUCAUUCGCGGCACCUGUCAGUGUCAACCAACUCCUCACGUACAUGGAGACUGGCGGAGCUGGCGCCGAGAUACGACCUUGGUUCUGGAUCGCGCUGUUCUUCGUCGGAAGCGCUCUCAGCGACAUGCUUGUCCAGUGGUUCAUCUUCAACCACACCAGGAUCAAUAUCCGCGUGCAAGCUAUGAUUACGGACCUCGUCUUCGAGCACGCACUGCGCAUCCGCGUGAAGGCCGGGACAGCUGACAGUGACGACGGUGAUGUCAGCGACGGCGCAACUUUCCGGGACGAGACCGUAGUCGAGACCGCAGACCUGCCAGACGAGGCGCCUGCAAACGUCGAAAGCACUUCAAACGCACCGACGAAGGGAAAGGGAAAGUUGACGGGGGCAACUGAGCCCCGAGUCGGUGUGGCCAAAGCGGAUCGUGCACAAGGGAACACAGAGAGCGCCCAUCUCAUCGGGAGGAUCAACAACCUGGUAUCCGGCGACCUGCGUACCCUGGACGACCUAAGCCAGUACGCGGUCUUCUUCACGGUAGAGUGGCCGCUUCAGGUGACCUUGUGCACUAUCUUCCUGUACAAAGUCUUAGGAUGGAGCGCGAUUUUGGGGAUUGUCUUCAUGGCGUGCAUGCUUCCCGUUCCUGGCUAUCUGGCCAAGAGCGUGGAGGGCGUGCAAGCUGAGAAGAUGAAGCGCACAGACUCGCGCGUCCAAGCCGUCACUGAAAUGAUGAACGUCAUCCGCAUGAUCAAACUGUUCGGUUGGGAGGAUCGCACAGCGGCACAGCUCGACGAGAAGCGUGAAGUCGAACUACGUUUAGUGCGCAGAACUAAGAUGCUGACGUCCUGCAUCAACCUAUGCAACUAUGCAUUGCCGUACUUCGUCAUGCUCACGACCUUCUUCACCUACACCGUGAUCAUGAAGAAAGAACUGACAGCUUCGACCGUGUUCUCCUCCAUGACGGUGUUUGACAUGCUCCGGAGAGAGAUGCAUUCGUUCUUCUACGUCCUGCCGCAGGUGAUGCAAACAUCGGUCUCCUUGAACCGUAUUUCCGACUUUCUGUGGAAUACGGAACUCAUCGACGAGUUCGCGGGCGAGAACAAGUCAGAUGGCGAAGAGAUCUGGCCGAACACGGUCUCACACGAUCGUCAAGGUGUCAUUGGCAUCCGCCACACCUCCUUUACCUGGUCCAACGACACAGCCCCCUCGCGUACUCCUGGCGGGACGCGCAGACGGCAAUUCGUGCUGACCGUAGACGAUGAGCUGCUCUUCCAACGCGGGAAGAUCAACUUGAUCGUUGGCCCUACUGGAUCUGGGAAGACGUCCCUCCUCAUGGCACUGCUGGGGGAGCUGCACUACAUCCCCUCGGGCCCAGACGCGUUCGUAAGUCUUCCGAGAGAGGGCGGUGUUGCGUAUGCGGCGCAGGAGUCUUGGGUGCAGAACGAUACGAUCAGGAACAACAUCCUCUUCGGCGCCCCCUACGAUCAGACACGGUACGACAAAGUUCUCGAGCAAUGUGCAUUGAAGCGUGACUUGGCCCUGUUCGACGCUGGCGAUCAUACGGAAGUUGGAGAAAAGGGUAUCACUCUAAGCGGCGGUCAAAAGGCUCGAAUUACACUUGCUCGCGCGGUGUAUUCCUCUGCAGACAUCCUUCUGUUGGAUGAUAUCCUUGCUGCACUCGACGUGCACACUGCGAAAUGGAUCGUCGAGAGAUGUCUCAAGGGUGAUCUACUUCAAGGGCGCACUAUCGUGCUAGUCACCCACAAUGUUGCCAUGGUCGCCCCAAUCGCAGACUUCGUCGUCGAUAUGGGUGCCGACGGGCACAUCUUAAGUCAAGGCUCCCUCGACAACGUUCUCAAGCACGACUCGCACCUCGUUAAGGAAGUCAUUGAAGAGCGCGAGGAGUUAGAGAAGGCCGAGCGCGAAGUUGACCUCGAGAAACCCGAGGAUUCUGUGGCCAAGCAGACCGCGGGAAAGCUCGUGGUCGCCGAGGAAAUGGAAGAUGGACAUGUUGGGUGGUCGGCCCUCAAGCUGUAUCUCGGUAAUACGUCCAACCGGCCGACCUUGUUCUGGACUGUUUACGUCUCCGCUCACGUCGUCCAUAACCUCCUCAUCAACGCUCAGGCCUGGUACCUCGGUCGCUGGGCGUCCCAGUACGAGACUCACCCCGCAAGCGAGAUUUCUCUCAGCCACUACCUGACCCGGUACUCUGCGAUGAUCGUGAUUAGUAUGGCGAUCGCAGUGUUCUUCGUGAUCUGGUUCCUCUACGGGAGUAUCAAGGCGUCACGCAUCAUUCACCAGAAGCUCGUGCGGUCCGUGCUCGGCACUACGCUACGGUGGCUGGACAAGACUCCGACAGCCCGCAUAAUCACCCGCUGCACCGAGAACAUCCAAACAGUGGACGACGGCAUCCAGGGGGUCACGCAGAUGCUCGUCGAACGAACCGUCUUCAUGGUCCUCAAGGUCGUCGCCGUCGUCAUCUUCUCGCCCAUCUUCCUCCUCCCCUCCAUCGUCGUCGCGGGACUGGGCGCGUUGCUCGGGAACGUGUACAUGACGGGACAGCUGUCGACCAAACGGGAGAUGAGCAACUCGAAGGCGCCCGUCCUUGGGCACUUCAGCGCUGCGGUCAGCGGGAUCACCUCUAUCCGAGCUUACGGCGCCCAGGAAGCCUUCAAGAAGGAGCUGUUCGAGCGGGUGGACAAGUACAGCAGAGUGUACAUCAUGCACGAGAACUUCAAUAGGUGGAUUUCCGCGCGUAUGGACUUCAUCGGCACAGUGUUCGCGACCAGCCUCGCGGUCUACCUCGUCUACGCCUCGAGCCUGAGCGCGUCCGACACCGGAUUUUCGCUCAACAUGGCCACGGCUUUCAGCGCUAUCAUCUUUGCCGUGAUUAGGACCUUCAACGUAUUCGAAGUUAACGGCAAUAGUUUGGAGCGCAUACAACAAUACUUAUCCGUAGAGCAAGAGCCAAAGCCCACCCCCUCCGGUGUCCCGCCCGCGUACUGGCCCGCAAGCGGCCACCUCGUAGUCGAGAACCUCUCCGCGCGAUACUCUCCCGACGGCCCAAAGGUCCUGCACGACAUCUCGUUCGAGGUCGCCUCGGGGGAGCGUGUCGGCAUCGUCGGGCGCACCGGCAGCGGAAAGAGCUCCCUGACACUCGCGCUCCUCCGGUGCAUCCUCACCGAGGGCACCGUCCUGUACGACGGCCUGCCGACCUCCGCGCUCAACCUCGACGCCCUGCGCGCCAACAUCACCAUCAUCCCCCAAGUGCCCGAGCUCCUCAGCGGGACGCUCCGCCAGAACCUCGACCCCUUCUCCGAGCACGCCGACGCGACGCUCAACGCCGCGCUGCGCUCCGCGGGGCUCUUCAGCCUGCAGGCGGAGGGGGCGGGCAUCACGCUGGACACGGCGAUCGCGGGCGGCGGCGCGAACCUGAGCGUGGGCCAGCGGCAGAUCCUCGCGCUUGCGCGCGCGAUCGUGAGAAGGAGCGGGGUGUUGAUCUUGGAUGAAGGUGCGUCUAUAAGUGACUACGAGACGGACACGCUCAUCCAGACCUAUCUGCGCACCGAGCUCGGCAAAGACGUGACGCUCCUCACGGUCGCGCACCGCCUGCAGACCAUCAUGGACGCCGACAAGAUCAUGGUCCUCGACGCCGGACGCAUCGUGGAGUUCGGGAGGCCGAGCGAGCUAUUGAAGAACGAGAAGGGCUUGCUGCGCGCGCUGGUGGACGAGAGCGGGGACAGGGAGAAGCUGUAUGCGAUGGCGCUGGGCGCGUCUGCGUCGUAG